CCCCAACUGGAAUGUGGGCUGGGUUUGUAUCCAGCCUGGGAUUUGUAAACGUCUCAGAUCUCUGACUACCUGUUCAGCCCUUCUGUCCCUCCAAGGCUCCUCUACUCUGUGAAGUGAGGACUUGACUUGACAAGUGUCUUUGUUGUGGUUUCUGUAGACCCUGUGAAAAGUGAUACCUUCUCUGUUUUGAGAAAAAACGCACAAAAUGACUCCACUAAUCCUUAUUAUAUAGAGUGUGGGGGGAAGACACGCCGAUGUGCUUCUGGCCUCACAUCAAAGCACUAGUAUUUUGUUUUUCCCAACCCACUCACUCUCUCUCAUGUUACCUUCUGGAAGCUUCAUGUCCAACCACCAUGUGGGAGAAUGCCAAAACCUUAAGUAGUCUAGUAGUUUCUGUCUAUUCCUGGAAAGGGAAAUCAUAAGGAGGCCACACACACUCUCAGUACUUUUGUUUCAUAUUUUAACUUAGAUGAUGCCAUUGUCUAAAGUAUACUAAAGGUACAGUAUCAACAGAAUAAUCUUUUAUUCUUAGGUCACCAACAUUACAAUCGAAUGAAGAGUAAGGAAAGACUUAAGAGUUCAGAAGUGUCUUUAGAACAAACUAAAGGAGAGAUAAGAAAGGAGCUCAUUUUGUAUCUGACAACAUAUAUUUUGUGGGAUUUGGUGUUGGUGUGCAGUGAAAGGUGAGGUCUGGAGUCAGGUGGUUCCUGUGAAAGAAAAUACCACCUGCACAAACAAUAAAUGAGCACUGUGAGUGCUGUGAUAAUGUGCAUAUUAAUAAUGUGUGAGGCUUUGAUGUUGGGGAGACUGUUAUGCCUGGCAUGAAAACUGCUGACGCACACACACACACACACACAUUCUUCACUAAAGGUAUCUAUUUGAUCAGCGCAGCUGUGUCAAGGAGACACCACUGUGUGAACUGUGACCCUCAAACAGUCCCUCUGUGGUUGUGUGGCUAUUUGUGUGUGUGUGUGCGUGUGUGUGUGUGUGUGUGUGUGUGUGUGUGAGAGUACUCAUCUGCUGUGUAUGUGAUGGACCAGUUAACACCCACAUGCACAUGUCAUAAGAGUUCAGUGUUGUCUUGUUCAACAGACCACACUGCGAUGUAUGUAGUUGAAACUAUUUGGAUAAUUGAUUGAUUAUUAAAAUAAUCUUUUAGACGCUUCACAUUCCCUAGUUCCAGCAUCUACAUCUACAGAUCCGCUGCUUUGCUCUUUCAGAUGGGAUUGUAAACGGACUAUCUUUUGGGUUUUGGGCUCUGCUUACACCACGGGUGUGUGUCAUCAUCGCAUGUCAUUUCGGCUGUCAACGUUAAUCCCUUUUGUAAGUUGAUGCCAAAAUGAAAGUUGGCUGUUGUCGUGUUUGUUUUCUCUCUUCUAUCAGUGAGACAUCCUCUCUCUAGCUGACCCCGUUGUGUCAUUUUCAAGAGUCGCAUUCUCCCAGCUCAUAUCAUAUCAAUAAUAUAAGUUUAUCUAGUUCAUAGAUUUGAAUUAGGGUCUUCAGGAUUUGGAUAAAGUAGCUCAGUAAAAAAUCACGACAAGAAAGAGAUCUAAUAACAGCAAGUGUAUAUCCAGAAAGGGCAGAUGGGUGUGUGUGUGUGUGUGUGUGUGUGCUUUGGUAAAUACAUUUUUGGCUAUGCAACUGCUUAAAAUUCCUUUAAGUUAAGGUUAAAUGGAAUGCAAUGCAAUUUCUGUUUUGUGCAUUUGUCUGUGUGCAUGCAUGAAUGUGUGUAUGUGUCCGUGUGUGUGUGUGUGUGUGUGUGUAAGACUCACAUUCCAACAGCUGGCAUGCCCAGGCCCCUGCUCAGAAUGUGAGGAAUCCUAGGACCUCCAUAAGGGUGUGUGUGUAUUUAAGUCUUUGAUUUUGAUUUGUAAGCUGAAUAAAUGUGAGUCACUCUGGCAGAUAUGUCCCUAUUCCCUGUUUAGGUCCUGAGUUUGAAUAGAUGAGAAGAUGAGUUGCACUAACAAACACACUUCUCUGCUCUGUUUCUCUUGACUUUGCUAUUUAAUCUCGCAAGAAGUGUUGCUCUUACUCUGCCUCGUCGCCACUCCCACAAGAACUACCUGUGUCAUCAUGUUUAGUUUGCCCAUGCAUAACAACUAAAACCUCCCUUGGUCCCACAGCUGGCAGACGUGGCUUUUCAACCCGAUGAGAAAUGUGAGAAACAUGGUCAACAAACAGUAAUCCUUGACAUGUCCGUAUACUUUCUCUUGAGCAAGAAGAGAUGAGGUUGCGGCGGUUUGAGAUAACAAAGGACGGACAGCCUCGGUCAAACAGUAUUCAGCAACCAUCUUUGAGUUCAGCUGCAAGCAGGCAACUCAAAGACAGGCAACUUUCAGUUGCAGGAGAACAUUUUGAAAGUCAGAUUUUGGGUUUACGUUUCUGUGAUAGUCAACUUGUCUGAAUUAUCCAAAGUAAUCAGGUUAACACAGAGGCAGAGGUUGUUAUUUGCUGGUACCGAUUGACCCCGGACUGUAAUGGAGAAAGCAGAAGUUGCAGACAGGAAUAGCCCUGCAGUGCUUCUGCUAUAUUCCUCCUCCUUUGAGAUUUGACUGUAAUUGUCUGUUAAUGUGAACCAGGCCAUCCUGUGCUCACUAGCUCUCCUGCGAGCCACCGCUUUGCAUGAUACCGUGUCUUAUGCACUUUCUGCUCCCCUCCUCACUCUCAUUGUCUCCCCCUCCCUCACCCGUCCACAUGUCCUGUGGCACUUCCGCGCUUCAUCCCGGGAAUUACACGAUGACCCUAAUUAUCCACUUGUUCUUCCACUCAUAGUCACCCAACCAUAGCGUCCUUGCCCGCGAUGGCCAUCAUAUACAUUUCAUGCUUUGGCAGAAUUGUGAGGACGGCCAAGUGGAUGUGUGACUGUUUAAGGUGAAGGGAGAGAAGUUACUUUCACUCACCUAUUGUCUAAAUGUGAGGAAACAAUGCUUAACCUCUUUAAAAUGAUUUGUCAAGAAUGUAACCACAGCCGUGGAGUGGAAGGUUAAUACUGGCUGCAAGCAAAGUGCUGGUAAAUGUUGGUGUUGGCCCACAUUCUUACUUAAGGAAGUAAGGAACAAAUUAAAAGUGCGUGCUGGUGGUAAACCAGUAAAAAUGUUAGUUAUCAAGCAAGCCCAGGAACACAAAUCUCUCAAGCCAAGAUAAGAGAUAUGCUAGUGCAGCAGCAGAUGUUUCCUUUCAAACUGAUUUCUUAAAGCUAAACUGUAUUGGCAAAAUCAGCCAGUGUCAUGAAUCGUUGCACCUGAAGUGAACGCCAAACAUUCGUUUAAAUGCCAAUCAGUGGAUUUAGCUGAGCAGCUUGCCAAACAUUAACAUUGUAUAGUAAUUACUGCAAAUGGCACAAGCAAGUUAAUUUACCGCGCAGCACCACCCUACAGUGUGUCAUACACCAUCAUCUACCUCUGUUGAUUGUGUAAAGCACAUGUACUGGUUAAAGCUAUAUCUAUAAAUCUGACUCACCCAAACAUCAAAUGAAGCUACUUGGUAAAACAGACCCCAGGUGGAAGCUGUUCAUUCCCAUGGGAGCAUGUAUGUUACAGUGGUAGUAUUUACACACACACUUUGAUACUGUCUGUGGUACUGGAUGUUUUAUAUUAGAAGUCCCCUCCACCCCCGUGGAAGUUACCCUUUAAACUACAGAAUAUCUCAUUGUGCACCGUAUAGUGAAUAAGGAAAUCACAGAGAAAAAGAUAGAUGAUGUUUGAAUUGUAAAGGUAAUUUAUUGUGCUUUGCAUUAUGGGACAAAAGUGUCCACCCCACUCAGGAAUCUACUAAAAGUACUACUGUUUGCAUGCCGCACGCACUUCAUAUCAACCCUUGGUCAGAAUGUACUGUAUGUGCCGUGUGGAGGCAGUGACACCAUUAUUGUUAAUCCUGGCUAUUCGCUGGAACUGACUGCCUAUCAAUGCUUCUCUUGGCUCUCAUUGGUUGACAGUAAUUGCGAGUCAGAACAGAACAAAAGUGAUCAGGAAACAUUGGAUUUCUGUAUAUUACUCCAUCAUCCCCUCCUCCCACUGUCUGGUCUUUGUACCUCACUCCUUCCCACAUUCCCCCCUGUGCAGUACCAUCUACUGUAUGUUAUUGCAUCCCUCUCUCUCUCUCUCUCUCUCCCUCUCUCUCUCUGUCUUUCCUCUAAGAGGAUUGGCUGCUGGCUUCUACCAACAUCUGUGUAUCACUGUCCUGAGAGAGCAAAACAGAGAGGGGAUGGGGAGUGUUAGCCAGCAAUAUAGCAAUACAGAGCGCAGGCGAGGCUGAUUGCCGUUUUUUUUCCUUUCUCUUUCACACUCUGUUUCGUGCACACACACACACACACUCAGCAGCAGACAGCCGCAACAUCCGCAUCGCCGGCUGCCCACCCGCAUCCCUCUCUCCCAGUCGUUCUCUCCUCUUUCUCUCACUCGCUCCGUCCGCAACGCCUCAUCCUGCCGUCCGGUCCUCCCUCUGCUGUCUGUCACCGUGGCGACACAGCCUCUGCAGCCAUGGCGACAAGCCAGCAGGAUUCGGGCUUCUUUGACAUCAGCAUCAAGUCUCUACUCAAGUCCUUAGGAGGGACCUCUCCAGUGGGACUGAAGCCCCCCCUCCCACCAGUCAGUGGAACCUCGGGAGAGAGGAAGGGUCCUGUCGUCAUGGCGCCCGUCAACGUGGACCCUGAGAGUAAGCCGGGCGAGUUCGUCCUAAAAAGCUUGUUUGCCAACUUCACCCUGCUCUCCGAACGCAAGAUCCGAAUCAUCAUGGCCGAACCACUGGAAAAGCCACUUAACAAAUCUCUGCAGAGAGGAGAGGACCCACAGUUCGACCAGUUGAUCAGCAGUAUGAGUUCUCUAGCAGAGUACUGCCUGCCGUCUAUCCUGAGGACUCUGUUCGACUGGUACAAGAGGCAGAACGGCCUGGAAGACGAGUCCCACGAGUAUCGACCCAGGGCCAACACCAAGUCCAAGAAUGAUGAGCAACAGAAAGACUACUUAUUGGAGAGGAGAGAUCUGGCGAUAGACUUCAUCUUUUCUCUCGUGCUUAUAGAGGUUUUGAAGCAGAUCCCCCUCCAUCCUCUUUUGGAUGGACUCAUCCAAGAAGUCAUAAACCUGACAUUCAAGCACUUCAAAUAUAAAGAAGGGUAUCUGGGACCCAACACAGGCAACAUGCACAUAGUGGCUGACCUCUAUGCUGAAGUAGUGGGAGUUGUAGCUCAGUCCAGGUUCCCAGCAGUGAGGAAGAAGUUCAUCUCCGAGCUGAAGGAGCUGAGACAGAAGGAGCAGAGCCCCUACGUCAUCCAGUCCACCAUCAGCCUCAUCAUGGGACUCAAGUUCUUCCGCAUAAAAAUGUACCCGGUGGAAGACUUUGAAGCCUCCUUCCAGUUCAUGCAGGAGUGUGCGCAGUAUUUCUUGGAAGUGAAGGACAAAGACAUUAAACACUCGUUAGCCGGACUCUUUGUGGAGAUACUUGUACCUGUAGCUGCUACUGUGAAGAACGAGGUGAACGUGCCAUGUCUACGGAAUUUCGUAGAAAGUUUGUACGACACCACACUGGACCUGUCCUCAAGGAAGAAACACUCUCUGGCUCUGUAUCCUCUGGUGACUUGCCUGCUGUGUGUCAGUCAGAAGCAGUUCUUCCUCGGCCGCUGGCACAUUUUCCUCAACAACUGCCUCUCAAACCUCAAGAAUAGAGAUCCAAAGAUGGCCCGCGUGGCUCUAGAAUCACUCUACCGCCUGCUGUGGGUCUACAUGAUCCGAAUAAAGUGCGAGAGCAACACUGGAACGCAGAGUCGUCUCACGUCCAUCACCUCCACUCUGUUCCCCAAAGGUAGUCGGAGCGUCGUGCCCAGAGACAUGCCGUUGAAUAUUUUUGUCAAGAUUAUCCAGUUUAUUGCACAGGAGAGACUGGACUUCGCCAUGAAGGAGAUCAUAUUUGAUCUGCUGAGUGUCGGGAAACCUGCCAAAGCCUUCAGUCUCAACCCAGAGCGUAUGAACAUCGGUCUCCGGGCGUUCCUGGUGAUUGCAGAUGCUCUGCAACAGAAGGACGGAGAGCCUCCUAUGCCCAACACAGGCGCCACUCUGCCCUCUGGAAACUCUCUGAAGAAGAAGAAGACUUACCUCAGCAAGACACUUACUGAAGAGGAAGCCAAACUUAUAGGCAUGUCUUUGUACUACUCCCAGGUGCGGAAGGCUCUGGACAACAUCCUGAGACACUUGGACAAGGAGGUGGGUCGUUGUAUGAUGCUCACCAGCGUCCAGAUGCUCAACAAAGAACCAGAGGACAUGAUCACUGGCGAAAGGAAGCCUAAAAUCGACCUGUUCAGGACAUGUGUGGCUGCCAUUCCUCGUAUCCUUCCUGAUGCCAUGUCCAAACCUGAGCUCAUCGACCUGCUCUCACGACUUACUGUGCACAUGGACGAUGAGCUUCGUCUUAUUUCCCAGAAUUCCCUGCAGAGCCUGUUACUCGAUUUCUCAGACUGGAGGGAGGACGUCCUGUUUGGUUACACACAUUUCCUUUUGCGCGAGGUUCAAGACACCCAUCAGGGUCUGCAGGAUGCCUCAGUGAAGCUCCUUCUCCAGCUGCUCACUCAGUGGAGGUUAGCGCUGCAGCUCCAGGGGAAGACGCGAGGUGGAGUUGAGUCCAGCCCCAGACUGCCAGAGCGAAGCCCUCACUGCUCAGUGCUCCAUGCGGUCGAGGGCCUGGCCCUGCUGCUCCUCUGCUCGUGUCAGAUCAGCACGAGGAAGCUGGCCGUCGGAGUGUUAAGAGAAAUACGCUGCCUCUUCACAGCUCUGGGACAUGCUGACGACGAUGACAAACCCAUGAUAGAGGUCAUGGACCAGCUGAGCCCAGCUGUAAUGGACAGCUUUGUUCAUGUGGCUGUCUCUGACUCGUCUACCUUGCCCCUCAGCCACCAUGUUGACCUCCAGUGGCUGGUGGAGUGGACGGCGCGACUGGUGAGCAGCUCCUACGACGUGAAGAGCCCCAGCCAUGUCUGGAUCUUUGCCCAGAGUGUGAAAGACCCAUGGGUGCUCUGUCUGCACAUCUUCUUGCGGCAGGAGCACCUUCCCAAACACUGCCCCACCGCCCUGGGAUACGCCUGGCCCUACGCCUUCACACGGCUACAGCUGCUGCUGCCACUGGUUGACCCCAACAGUCCAGUGAAUGCUAAGAAGACCAGCACGGCCGGCUCCAGUGACAGCUACAUCUCUCUGUGGCGUAACUACCUGAUCCUGUGUCUAGGUGUGGCUAAGCCCAGCAUCAUGUCCCCCGGUCACCUCAGAGCCUCCACACCGGAGAUCACGGCCACCACGCCCGACGGCAGCGUCACCUAUGACAACAAGGUGAUAGGCACUCCCUCGGUAGCCUGGCUUUUGAAACAGCUCGUCCCGCUGAUGAGAGCAGAGAGUUUGGAGAUCACCGAGUCUCUGGUGCUCGGGUUCGGAUGCACAAACGCUCUGGUCUUCAGGGAGCUAGUGGAAGAACUCCAUCCACUGAUGAAGGAAGCGCUGGAACGUCGGCCCGAGAACAAGCGGCGCAGAGAGAGGAGGGAUCUUCUCAGGCUGCAGCUGCUGAGGAUCUUUGAACUGCUGGCUAAUGCAGCCGUUAUCAGCGACAGCACUAAUGGAGCACUGGAGCGAGACUCGCUGGCCCUGGGUGCCUUGUUCCUUGAGUAUGUGGAUCUGACCCGGAUGCUCCUGGAGGCUGAGAAUGAGAAGGAGAUGGACGUGCUUAAAGAUAUCAGAGCCCAUUUCAGCGGGAUGGUGGCUAAUCUCAUCCAGUGUGUUCCUGUCCACCACAGGCGCUUUCUCUUCCCUCAACAGUCUCUGAGACACCAUCUCUUCAUCCUCUUCAGCCAAUGGGCUGGACCCUUCAGCGUUAUGUUCACUCCCCUCGAUCGGUACAGCGACCGCAACCACCAGAUCACUCGCUACCAGUACUGCGCUCUCAAGGCCAUGUCAGCAGUUCUGUGUUGCGGUCCCGUGUUUGACAAUGUGGGUCUCUCUACUGACGGCUAUCUCUACAAAUGGCUUGACAACAUCUUGGCCUGCCAUGACCUACGGGUGCACCGUCUGGGGUGUGAGGUGGUCAUCCUGCUCUUAGAACUAAACCCAGACCAGAUCAAUCUGUUCAACUGGGCCGUGGACCGCUGCUUCACUGGGUCUUACCAGCUAGCAUCUGGUUGCUUCAAGGCCAUCGCCACUGUCUGCGGCAACAGGAAUUACCCAUGUGAUCUUGUGACCCUGCUCAAUCUGGUGUUGUUCAAGGCCUCAGACACCAGCAGGGAAAUAUAUGAGAUCUCAAUGCAGCUGAUGCAGGUGCUGGAGUCUAAGCUGUGUGCGUACUCGAAGCGAAUGGUGGAGCAGAAGCCUGGGAAUAUUUUGUACGGAACACACGGUCCUCUGCCUCCGCUGUACAGCGUCAACCUGUCUCAACUCUCCAUCCAGCUGGCCAGCAUGUACCCCGAGCUCACUCUGCCUCUUUUCUCAGAGGUGAGCCAGCGUUUCUCAACCACCCACUCCAACGGCAGACAGAUAAUGUUAUCCUACCUGCUACCCUGGCUCAGUAACAUUGAGCUGGUGGACACGGGGCUCCUACCCCCAGCCUCAAGCCCCUGCACACCAGAGGAAGAACCACGCGGUCAAGGGCAGGGCAUGUCCCCCAGUCUGAGAGGCAACGGCUGGGGCUCCUUACAGGCGACAUCGCUGGUGCUCAAUAACCUCAUGUUCAUGACUGCUAAGUACGGAGACGAGGUUCCUGGCCCAGAGAUUGAGAAUGCCUGGAACGCUCUGGUGUCCAACGAGAGGUGGAGCAACAACCUGCGGAUCACCCUGCAGUUCCUCAUCAGCCUGUGUGGAGUCAGCAGUGAUACCACACUGUUGCCUUUCAUAAAGAAGGUGGUUAUCUACCUGUGUCGCAACAACACCAUCCAGACGAUGGAGGAGCUCCUGUUUGAGCUGCAACAGACGGACCCAGUCAACCCUGUGGUGUUGCACUGUGACAACCCUCCAUUCUAUCGCUUUGCUGCCAGCAACAAAGGCUCUGCCUCACAGACGGGCACCACGUCCAGCAGUAACACUGUGGUGGCUGGCCAGGAGAACGUGACAGACACAGAUGAGAAUAAGCUGGUCAGAGAGAGUGAAGAGCGCAUGGCCAGGGCUCACAACAGACUGGAGUCUCGCUACAGCAACAGCUCCGGGGGCUCCUACGAGGAUGAAAAGACCGACCCACUCCCCCCGUAUGCUGGUUGGAUUCUGGGUGUUCUGGAAACCAACCAUCCUCAGCCGUUACCCAUGCCUAUUAACGGGGGCUGCUGGGCUCCUCUGGUUGACUACCUCCCGGAAACCAUCACACCCAGAGGACCACUGCAUAGGUGCAACAUUGCAGUGAUCUUCAUGACAGAGAUGGUGGUGGACCACAGCGUGAGAGAAGACUGGGCUUUACACCUGCCCCUGCUACUACAUGCCCUCUUCUUGGGUCUGGACCACUACAGACCGGAGGUCUAUGAGCACAGUAAACGUCUCCUUCUCCACCUCCUCAUUGCACUCUCCUGCAACAACAACUUCCAGGUAAUAGCCUCGGUUCUGAUGCUGACGAGAGAGAUAAGUGACAACAAGACCCUCACCAUUAAGUCCAGCUACCACACAGAGUACCAGCAGUCGCACGUACCUGACUUCCUGCGAGAGUGGCAGGCUUCUCCGGUGGCGGACUCCGGCCUCAGCUCCACCUCCAACUCGUCCUCUGCCAGUCUUGGUGGCGGCAGCAUUGCAGGCAGUGUUGGAAAUCUGCCCCUCAUAACACCCGAUGACCUGGAGGACCUGGAGGAUACGCCCAAUGAAACCGACGAGAAGACGAACAAACUCAUCGAGUUCCUCACCACCAGUGCCUGGAGUACUGUGUUGUUGUUGCUCAGAGCGUUUGGGCCACUGUGGGUGCACGAGGACAUCACGCCAAAGAACCCCAACUCCAAGAGCACGGAGCAGCUCUCCAGCUUCCUACGCCACGUCGUCUCUGUCUUUAAGGAGUCAAAGUCAGACUUCCACCUGGAGCAUCAGCUGAGCGAUGUGGCUUUGCAGACGGCUCUGUGCAGCUCCUCGCGUCACUAUGCUGGCCGCUCUUUCCAGAUCUUCAGAGCCCUCAAACAGCCAAUCAACAACCACGCUGUUUCUGACCUGGUCUCGCGCCUCGUUGAGGUGGUGGGAGAGCACGGAGACGAAGUGCAGGGCUAUGUGAUGGAGGUGCUGUUGACGCUGGAGUCAGUGGUGGUGAAUCUAGCAGAGUGUCUGAAAAACAGUGACCUUAUGGCAGCUCUAACCAGGACAUCCUCACCAGACUUCGUGACUAGUGAAAAACUUAUGAACAGAAAGAGCACAGGCCAGUUGAACUUCCCUGGCCCGGGAUUUGUGGGUCUGUCGUCACAACGCCACCAGCGCUCCUACUCGGUCCCCAAGAAGUUUGGCGAGUGCGGGCACCAGUUGAGCGAUCCUCCCCGCAGUGCAACUCUGGAUCGCAUACAGGCCUGCAACAGUCAUGGCCUCGCCCGAAUGGGAAGGACCCCCGGGUCUUGCACAUCAUCAACCAAUCGCAUCGAUCCCAGCGUUCUAUCGGAUCCUGCCCAUGUCUCUCAUCCCUCAACAAUACUGGCCACGGUCUUCUGGGUGGCGGUGGCCCUCAUGGAGUCAGACUUUGAGUUUGAAUAUCAGAUGUCACUACGCCUCGUCCACAAGCUGCUGUCAAAGGUGCCCUUAGACAGAGCCGAAAACCGCGAACGCCUCGAGAAGCUGCAGGCUCAGCUGAGGUGGAGCGGGUUCUCUGGGAUUCAGCAGCUUUUGUUGAAAGGUUUUACCUCCCAGGCCACCUCUGACCUCACCUUACAGCUCUUCUGCCAGCUCACGCCAGUCUCCCGCGUGCCCGUUGUCGACAGCUCUCAGUCUAUAGGUUUCCCUCUGAAUGUGCUGUGUCUGCUGCCGCACCUGGUGCAGCACUUUGGCCAUCCAACUCAGUUUUGUAAGGAGAGCGCUGAGAGGAUCGCACAGGUGUGUUUAAUGGAGAAGAACACAAAGCUGUCCCAUUUGGCCCAUGUGAUGACGCUCUAUAAGACACGUUCUUACACACGGGACCCUUUCUCCUGGGUCAGUGUGGUUUGCCGAUACCUCCAUGAAGCUUUCUCCGAAAUCACACUCAACAUGGUCACCUAUAUGGCUGAGCUGCUGGAUAAGGGCCUUCCCAGCAUGCAACAGUCUCUCCUCCAGAUCAUUUACUGCCUGCUCAGCCACAUGGACUUGACUGCUGUACAAGUAAAACUGUUCAACGGUGAUGUCACCAAGACCAUUGAGAAGUUUGUUCAGACGGUGCACUGGAAGGAUGCCUUAAACAUCUUGAAGCUGGUGGUGUCGCGCUCUGCCAGCCUAGUUCAUCCGGUGUACGGCCACUCGCAGGGCGACCUGUCCAACCUGGAGGUCAGCAGGGUGUGGGACGGUUCAGCCAAGGCUCUGCCUGGGAAAACACUGGACUUCACCUUUGACAUCUCUGAGACUCCAGUGAUUGGGCGUCGGUUCGACGAGCUUCAGGGUUCAGGGGGUAGAGAGGGGAAGGCCAGAGCCAUGGCUGUAACGCGGAGCACCUCCUCCACCUCCUCUGGGUCCAACUCCAACACUAUCCUGGUGCCCGUCAGCUGGAGGCGACCGCAGUCCUCUCAGAAAAGAACCAGAGAGAAGCUGGUGAAUGUUUUGUCUCUUUGUGGACAAGAAGUCGGACUCACCAAGAACCCAUCUGUGAUCUUCUCAUCGUGUGGCGACUUGGACAUGAUGGAGAUACGGGAGAGUGGUGUGUCAUCAGAGGAGGGCGGAACCAGAGAGGACACGCUAGACGACACCGCCAGCGAGCAGCAGUUCAGGGUUUUCCGAGACUUUGACUUCCUGGAUGUGGAGCUGGAGGACGGAGAGGAGCUCCAGGGCGAGACCGUCGAUAACUUUAAUUGGGGCGUGCGUCGGCGCUCUCUGGACAGCACAGAGCUGGGUGACAUGUUGGAGGAGAGCCAGCACUCAGGCAGCACCCCCAGUCUGGGUCACGAGGACCCCCACGAUUCAGACGAGUCCUCAGAGGAAGACGAGUCUUCAACCAGCCAGAGCCUCUCUCACUCUCAGCUUACGAACCCUUCUCCAUCGGAGGAAACCAAUCACACUGAUUCUCUAUCUACCUCUUACGACAUUUCAUCUGCCGACCUACAAUCCCUCAAUGCUUCCACACCGGGACAGGGAGCACUCCACGAUUUUCACGGGAGCCUACAUGGGACGGUGUGUGGCGAGGAUGAAGACACUCAGGCCCAGGAUGACGAACUGUCGCUGAGCGCCAACGAGCUCCCUCACGGCUCGGACUGCGGCGAGAGUCUCACCCUGGAGUUGCCGGGGCAGCGUCUGGAUCAUCUGCCCAAUUUGGACCACAGCCUCAACGCAGACUACUGCCAACCACCGCUGGACUUUCUAGACCCCAACUGUCUGCCCAGCUUACGUGAUGAUGUAGAUGACUUGGAAGACCUCGGUUUUCCUCCUCCCCCCUCUCCAUUUUUCUCCGCCAUCUUGGCAGCCUUCCAGCCCACAGUGUGUGACGAUGCUGAGGAGGCGUGGCGUUGUCACAUCAACCAGCUUGUGACCGACUCAGAUGGAUCCUGUGCCGUCCACACUUUUCAAGUCUUCUCAUCUCUCUUUACGAACAUCCAGGGGAAAUUCUGCCUCCUGACCACUGAUGUUGCCACUUACCUUGGGGAGGGCUUAAGGGGCAUUGGCUCAAAGUUCCUCAGGUCGUCACAGAUGCUGACCACAUGCUCAGAUUGCCCCACAAUCUACAUUGACGCGGACACGAUCAUGUCAUAUGGUCUCCUUGAAAAAAUGAAGUUCAGUGCGCUGGAGCUGCAGGAGUACCUGGACACCUACAACACCAGAGAGGACGCUGCUGUGUCGUGGCUGAGGAACUGUAAGGACACAUUUCCCAGGUGCCCCGGUGACAGUGUCGUUACCUGCCAGCCUGAAGACUCAGAGGAGAAGGUACAGGCAACUUUACAAGUAAUCUACGGUUUACCGGCAAACACGCUCAACAUAUGGCAAAUGGAGUCUCUUGCACAAUUGGAGCUUUGUCAGAAGCUCUACAAGCUGCAUUUCCAGCUUCUCCUACUGUUCCAGUCCUACUGCUCGCUCAUUGGUCAAGUCCAUGCUGUCAGCUCUGUGCCUGAGCUGCUGAACAUGUCUCGAGAGCUCACUGAUCUGAAGACCAGCCUGCAUGUGGCGGAGGCGGCUGUGGCCAGCGACCUGGAACACAAACACUUGGCCCACACUCGAUCCCACGCCACCCAGGUGGCAGCCAUGGUCGUGCCCAGCUUCCCCACCUCGGAGGCAGCGGUGCAGGCCAUACUGGAGUGCCUUAAGAACCAUGAGUUCACCAAAGCUGUGCGCUACAUCCAGGAGUGCAGGAGGCAGUGGCCCAGCGGCGUGUUCGGUGGCAGCUCAGAGAGCGAGGUCCAGACACUGCUCAACGUCUACUUCCGCCACCAGACGCUGGGCCAGACGGGCACCAUUGCCCUGGUCGGUUCCCGCCAGGACCUCAGCCUGAUCUGCUCCAAGCUGCUGGAGCUCAACGGGGAGAUCCGCGACAUGAUCCGCCGCGCCCAGGGUUACCGGGUCGUCACAACCUACCUCCCCGACUCCAGCACCUCCGGGACCAGCCUCUGACAGGAGCUCAGGAGCCCCCCGCCCCCUCCUUCCCCACCCAUACCUCCCCCGUCCCUGCAACCGUUGACACUUCCAAAACCAUCUCCCCAUCCCUUCUCAUCUCCGCCUGCUCUCACAGAGGAGGCCCAGCACCCACACACCUGGCCCCUGCCUCCUCCUGUGUAUCUGCUGCCCCGGCUGCACAGCAACAGACAGAUACCUGCCUACAGUCCGGCCCGACACCAGAACCAUAUUUAGAUCACGACCCAAACAAUCUGAUCUCCUCAUCCACCGUAGACUCUGAUGCCUCAUUUGAUUUUCCCGAACCCCCAGACUUGUUCUCAAACGCACCAGGCCAACCAAGUUUCACAAUGACGCACACACAAGAGCCGAGGAGGAGUGAUCUCGAUGAGAACACUCACCUUUACUAUCCUUUCAGAGGACGUUCAUCACACAGUUCACCACUGUUGCAUAUACACGGAAGCAAACACCUGAUAUCAUCUCGUACAUCUAGCAUGCUCCCGACUGUGGCCUCGGAACCCACCUUGCUCACGCACUCGGACACAAACGCAUCUUCCGAUCCACCUCCGGGUUCGCAUCUCCCCCGCUCUCCAUACAAACACUCAAGUCCGUCCCCAGUUGUACACUCGGGCCAUGACACAGUGUUAACCCAUGGCCCUGCCCCAUCUUCAUCCCUUCUCCCUCCCCCUCCUCCCUGCCCCACCGGCCCGGGAGAGGCUGCGGCAUGGGGUUGCUGCUGUUCCCUCGGUGGAGCUGCUAUGCCCUUAUCUCGCUACCUUGGGAAGGUGAGGCACGCCGCCCUGCCCCUACUGAAAGUAGGGGGGCUCCUGAAUGCUGAACCGUCAGACGUCCAGACCUGAGACGUGCCAGAGGACCUAAAGAGCUCAGACUUCUAUGAAUCGUGAAAGAAACCAACCAUAAGCCACCGUCAGAUCUUUAUAUCUGACAAGGAGAAGAUGACAUCCCAGAGACACUUUAAGAACAUUGCAUCAUGUCCCAGACACAAUGGGAUCACUGAGCCGACUAGAUACCACAAACUGCUGCCUGCUGAUUAAGACGACCCGAUACUUCGCUACGGCUACAUGUUGUGAGUUUGAGUCCUGCUUUAGGGUCGUCAUUUAGCACUAAACCUACUCUGCACCCGAGGACCUGUGAAGGCUGUUAGCUCCGAGUUCUAACUCGAUGGAACUGAUUGAACUUGAUUGACUGCCUCUGCUAAAAAGGACGUAGUUUUGCUGUUAGUAUUGCCAGAGACAGUGAGGAAACUACCCAUGACAUCACUGGUAGAGUUUUCGCUAUUGCACUAAAUGGAAUUUUGGUAUAGUUUUUAAAAAGAUGUUACAGAAAUGUUUGUUUUUUGUUACUGUGAGAGAAAAGGCUUUCACUGAGGAGAAGCCAAAAGCUGGAAUAACUUCUCUCUCCUGAGAACUCCUCUUGGAGGAAAUUGUGCAAUGCAUGACCCAGAUGAAUGCGUUUCACUGUACUAGUGUCCCUUUCGCUCCCUCAAAGUCUGACCUCUCCAGACCGACUGAAAGACUAAUCGACAAAGAGCGGAAGCAGAAUACUCAAGCGUACCUCCUCGUGCUGCACUCGCUCCGUUUAUAUUCUGUAUCAGUGAACCAGCUCGUCUCCCGACUACUGUUGUAAACAUUGGUACACUAAUCAUGCCAUUAUCCGUGCACUCCUCUGUGGCAAGUUGUAGCAUCAUUAGCGGGCGUACACACACUGUAUAUUUCUCACUGUAACACGUUGACCUUGUGUUCACAUGCUAGGAGGAUGGUGCAUGUACACGCUCAAAAUAUUUUGUCUGUCUGUAUACUAUUAAUAGUUAUGGGCACAACUAUUGUUGCGUGGUUUGUAGUUACCUUACACGUAGGGGAAACGCUGACAUUCAGCGCUCAUUGUUAGCGUUCAAAACGAAACCCUGUGCUACUACUGAAGUCCAACAAGUCCUGUCGGCAGCCCUUUUUUGUGACUCCCUCGUUUGCCCCUCCCCUUUACUGUACAAAUGUCCCUGUUUAUAUCUGAUCAGCUAUAAAUCACUCAUUUGACUUAGAUUUUAUAUUAAUGUUUGUUGGCUCAAAUCAAACUGCCAUGCAUGACUCUUCAGUGUACUGUAUGGAGUGUUUGACAUAUUUAUUAACAAAUCAUAUUUUAUCUGAAAGAUACGUUUGUGUGAGGUACAAAAGGGAGCUUUAAGCUCAUGCGGGUAUGUUUUUUUUCUUUCCUGUGUGUGGGAGAGAGCGUGUGUGUGUGUGUGUGUGUGUGCAUGCCAAACAAGAAAUUGCACAUUUUUAAAGCUUUUUAGAUCAAGACUGUAGUUUUUUUUCCACCUUGUAAAUACUUUUACAGCCUUUGUGAAGUUGUUUUUGAGUUGAUGCUCUGUACAAGUCUGUGUCAAAGUAAAAGACAUAUCAAGUUA